GCAGGGGGAGAGAAAAAGAGAGACUCCAAACGAAAGAAGAAAAGGAGACUGAGACAAUCCGAACCAAAGUAAAAGAACCAAAGAGCCUCCCCACGUUCACCCGUACCUAGAGAACUUAAAGCCACGGAGAUGCCGAGCGCUCCUUCCACUCUCCCUCUCUCCGCGGCCCCAAUGGACACCUCCUCCUCCCCCUCCUCGGCACCCAACCCCCUCGCCGCCGUCUCCUCCUUCCUCCAGCACCACCUCUCCCGCCUUGGUUCCGAGCUCUCCAACCGCAUCAACGACGGCCGCCGCCGUCCGGGCCGCCGGCGCCGCGGCCCGCCCCCCGCCGCCCCCUUCGCGGCGGCUUCUCAGGGGGCGUGGGGCGGCGCCGCCGCCCAGGGGAAGCACGCCUUCGACCUGGCCCUGAGCCCGGAGUAUGUCGCCAAGACGCUCGCCGGAACGGCGGUGUACACGGUGAGCAACUCCAACAACGAAUUCGUCCUCGUCUCCGACCCUAACAAUGGCCUCCGCUCCCUCGGCCUCCUCUGCUUUCGCCAUGAGGACGCCCAGGCCCUCCUUGCCCAGGUUCAGCUUCGGCAACCGGUUUUAGGGAAGGGGGCAAGAGUGGUGCCCAUUACCCUUGAUCAGGUUUAUAUGCUGAAGGUUGAAGGAAUUGCAUUUCGGUUUUUACCUGAUCCUCUGCAAAUAAAGAAUGCACUGGAGUUAAAAUCUGCAGAUUUAUCGAGAGGCUUUGAUGGAGUUCCUGUUUUUCAGUCAGAUCUUUUAGUUGUUAAGAAGAAGAACAAGCGUUAUUGCCCAAUAUAUUUUCAAAAGGAAGACAUAGAGAGAGAACUAUCAAAGGUUUCUAGGGCAUCAAGAGGUUCAGGUGUUUCUCAGCAUAUCAUGGUGGGAAAUUUGGAAGAUGUUCUGAAAAAGAUGGAGAUGAACGAUAAGAAUUCUGGAUGGGAUGAUUUGAUUUUCGUCCCUCCAGGAAAAAGCCAUGCCCAGCACAUUAAUGAGGUGGCAGCAUGAUACACAUGGCAUCUGAAUGCAUCAUAUAAAGAAGGUCUUGAGAUGUAUGUAUUCACUCAUUUCAGGUUCCUUAUUGAAGCAGGUCAGCCAUCAGCCCUAGUUUAAUUAAUCAACAGAUACCUUGGUUCUUGACUCUUAUUUGUAAGGAGGAUUUUGGAUUCCAAUUUAAAUUAUGAGUUUUUCGUCGAGGUCGAGAGUAUGGUUUUACUGAAGUUAAUUAUUGUCUACCGGCAAUAGCACAAGGAUAUGAGAAGAGAUUCAAACAUGAAGUUUACAGAGGAGUUCAAAAAAAGGAAAAGAGGGAUCCCAAACUUUUGUUGGGGGGUAGUUAGUCCUGCUGCUGUACAGGAAUGAAAUUAUAAUUUUCUUUACAAAAAGCGAUUUGGGGUUGUUUAGUUCAUCAAAUUAUCAAAUUUUAGUCAAUUACUUUUUUUGUGGGAUGUUUAUCUUAUUUCAGCCUAGUUAUGCUCUGACAGGGGCUCUAUGUUAUGCCAGACUCAGUCUUAUCUCAGCCAAAUUAUAGGAUCCUGUUUUA